AUGGGAAAGCAAGUGCCGAAGAUGUCGACCCUGGUGGUUAACGCGAUAAAAAAUAUGCGCGAGGUACAGGGCUCCACGUCCAAGGAAAUCAUAAGCUACAUCACGUCACAGUAUAGCGCCCCAGAGUCAACUAUACAGAGACAGAUGCAAGUGGCCCUGAAACGCGGCCUGGACUACGGUAUCCUGAAGAAGAACAACGGCCACUACUUCCUGAACGCGGACGCGGAUGUGCCGCAGAUCGCGUCGAGCCUGGCGCCAGCCGAGCGAUCCAGACGAAGAAGAACCAAAAGAAAGCGAGGCAGAGGAAGGAGGAGGAGGAGGAGCGGACAACGAAGGGGUCGACGACGCAGCCGUGGAAAAAGGCGUAGGAGUAGACGAAGAUCGUCACGAAGAAGAGGGAGGAGCGGUAGAAGGAGAACCGCGAGGACGAAACGGGUGGGUUGCACCAGGUGCAGGUGCAUCUCCAAGAGAAUCAGGAACAUGCAGGCCUUGGCCAACGCUUCGUUGGAACCACAACUCCGGGAGGACGACAUGUGUGUCUGCGACAAGGAAAGCGACGCGGAGCGUCGAAGCGGGCACAGCAAGAGCAAGGAACGCAGCCUGAGCCGCAGUCGAUCAUCGGCGAACAGCGAUCGAGAUGGCGCGACGGACGAUCGACAGGAGGUUCGCGGUCAAGAUUAA